AUGACCAUAUGUGUCGUUAACGGCCUGCCAGUACAAGACAAAAAUGUACCUGAAAAGCCUUCUGAGCCCUCCCAAGAUCAAACGAAAUCGCCCGUAAAUAGCACAGAUGAAGUUAUUCUUAUACCAAUCAAUCUUCAAGAACUCAAAACAGAUCCUGAUGCAAUAGUCAAGGAAGUGAAGGAUAUUUUAAGUUUUAUGAAGAGUAAGAAGGACAAUACGAACAACUCUAAUUCUUCCACAACUGAGGCAUCUUCUAAACCUAGUGAUGCCGCAAUUGAUAAGUCUUCUGAAAAAUCAUCGAAUGAUACCACAACCACUGCUAAGCCAUCGGACAAAUCGUCAAGUGAUGCAACCACCGCUGCCAAGUCGGAUAAGUCAGCUAGUGAUGCCACUUCCACUUCAAAACCAUCAGACAAACCAUCGAAUGAUGCAACCACUGGUAAACCUUCAGAUAAACCAUCAGAUGAUGCCACAACAACCUCCAACCCAUCUGACAAACCUUUGGAUAAAUCAUCAAACAAUGCCACCGCUACUACUAAUCCAUCAGAGAAGCCAUCAAGUGACUCUACCACAUCCGCUGCACCGUCGGAUAAAGCAAAAAGCGAUGCCAGUUCAACUGCUAAUCCGUCAGAUAAAUCAGCUAACGAUAAUACUACAACUGCCAAGCCUUCAGAAAAAUCUUUAAAUGAUGCUACAACACCGGCCUCGGAUAAGCCAUCAAGUGACACAACAACGACACCUAAGUCUUCAGAUAAACCUUCGAAUGAUAGUACUUCAACUGUUCAGCCAGCUGAUAAAUCUUCAAGUGAUGCCAAAACUACUACUAAGUCUUCAGAAAAAGCUACAAGCGAUGCCACUACAACUAAAGACACUAAUACUACUGCUAAGUCAUCAGACAAGAAAGUAGAGGAUUCUACCACGAAAGGUCCAAAUAAAGAUAUAGAUGUAUUAGAAAAAGAAAAAGAUGUCGCACCCGAUAGUGCGGCGACACAAAGUACAGAAAACGACUCUAAAACUUCCACAACGAAGGCACCUCAAAAUAUCAUUAACGAAAAUUGUUAUUACUGUAUAAACGAAUAUUUCUUUGAUAAACCAAUGCCUAAGCACUAA